AUGUCGACGAGCCACGGUGCGCCCCCGGCGGGCUUGGAGUGCAUGGCGACGAUGGACGACAUCACGCAGGAGGAGGGCAACUACUGCGAGUUCCAGACGGCGCCCAGUGGCCUGUGGCACCCGGCGCUCUUCUGCGCGGACGUGGUGGAGCAGCUGCUGGGCUCGCAGUUCCACACGUUCAUGAAGAAGGUGCAGGAGGCGGACUGCAAGGCGGAGCUGCGGCGCCUGGUGGCCAAGGGGCCUCCCGUCUGGCUCGAGGACAAGCACGCGCUGCCGCUGCCCGAGGGGGACACGCACAUCGUCCAGGUCUGGUUCGCCAAGGACGGCCAGGAGCGCAGCGCCAAGCUGGACGGGGCCCUGGAGGGGGAAGCCCGCGAGAAGCUGUGGGAAGAGCUGCGGCAGCUCAUGGAUGCCAUGGAGGAGGACAAGGAAGAGGUGCGGUGA